CUGUCAAGCUUCCACUAUGAGGUCUUGAAUGUGUUUUUUUUCUUUCUCCUUGGCUAUUUAUCAUCGACUUCGCUUUUAUGCACAACCCAACUUUAUGUAAAUAACUUUUGAGCGUUUCCUCCUGCUGGAGUGGAGCUUUGAUCUGAAGGAACAGAUCAGUGGAAUGCAUUUCAAAAUGAUGAAAUCUGACCAAGACAUCAUUAAUCUCACAUUGCUUCAUGUCAGUUGUAGUUUAAAAAGUCCCAGACUGCCACUAUGCAAACUGAGUGAAAAUGUUAGUCGAAUUGAAUUUAAAUAAACUGCGCUGAUCCAGACUCACGACUGCGAGUGGAAUAAUCCACAGAGCUUUAAUAAUUAAAGCCUGUGAGAUGUGCCUCAUAGCUGUAGCAACAUACACACACAAUAACAUUGAAGUUAACUUCUGGUGCGACGUCUCUGCCUUAUGAGAGACUAAAAAUGGAAGUCUGCGCUUUCCUUAAUUAAAUAUUUCCACUAUGGUUAGCUGAUUUCAUCAGUGUAUUGUAAUAUAUAGAGAUAUUUGUGAAUGCCUGAGUUUAAAUGUUGUUUGCAUACAAAAAUACAGAUUUCCUCUUGUGUAAGUUAAAGUUAAUAGGAAAAUAUGAACUGCAAAAGGGCAUAAGGGAAAUGUGGGGGGGUGUUCAACCAAUGAGAAAUGCUUGAAUUCUCUCCCACUUUGUCUGAUUUGGCAUUCAUACUUAUUCAAUAAAGUAUUUCAUAACAUAAUAUUUACAUAAGUUUGUCAGUUUUAGGAAAACUCUAAUUCUCCAACCAUUGAGUUUUAAAUUGUGAGAUCUCUAUCGUUUCUGAUUCUAUCUUUAGUAAACUAAACAGUGGUCCUAAAAUAAGCUUCUGUCUCUCAUCUGAUUAAUGAUUAAUUACACUUUUAUUUCCUGUGCAACCUGCAAGAAGCAGCUGUAAUCCUUCUUCCCCGAUAAACUAGCGUCACUUGAGGGGAAACAAUAAUUUAAAACCUGGUUUUAUUUCAUGAGCGAGAUUCCAAAGACUGCAUACCUGAAUGUUCUGUGACUGAUCUAUGUUACAGCAAGUUCCUCCAGGAUUAUGAAGGUGAGCAUGCUUGUCAUUGUCCGCAAAAACUCAGGACCAGUCCAAUUUGGAGCGAGCAAGCCAAGAGGCUUGUUGUAAGAAUGAGCCAACAGCACAAAAAUAUCUCUGCGAUGCCAGGACGGCAACGUGCUUCUGCAAAUGUGUUAAGAAUAGACCGACAAUAGAGCGUGCUCCUGUUUUCUGUUUUCUGGCGACAGGCGGUUUGGCUGCAAAGGGCAGAUGAAGAAGUGAGACGGAGCACUUCAUUUGGUUUGUCAAACUGUUGGUUUGUUGGAGUCGGUCAGGAAAGAUUUCAACCUUAAGGACUGAGCACACGCUCCAGCUGACCUUUGGCAGGAAUGGUAGAGGUGGAAGAUGGAUGAGUUGAAAGAUGUCGAGUGAAGUGUCACCUGCAGGACUUUUUCCAACUUUAUUUUGAGAGAGUUUUUAGAGCUUUACGCCCAGUAACCAUGGUAGAAUCAAGUGUCUCUGAGGUCCUCUUUAUCUCAAUCAGUCACAGCAUCACUUUGAUGGGAAAGGUGUGGCUCAUUGUAAUGAUCUUCCUCCGGGUCCUGAUCCUCCUCUUUGCCGGAUACCCUCUGUACCAGGACGAACAGGAGAGAUUCGUCUGUAACACCAUCCAACCCGGUUGUGCAAACGUCUGCUAUGAUCUUUUCUCGCCCGUCUCCCUCUUCCGUUUCUGGCUGGUGCAGCUCGUCACCUUGUGUCUGCCUCAUGUCAUCUUCGUCAUCUACGUCAUCCACAAGGUGUCCAGCGCUCUCUCCGUGGCUCUAAACUCAACCGGACAAGCCCAAGCUUUUCAACUGUUCAAGGUCCACAAGGAGCAGUUCAACAAGAUGUGUGUGAACAAGGUGCCGGUGGCGGUUGAGCAGAGAGGGGGCCUGCGGUACUUCACGGGGGCCUACAUCCUCCAUCUGCUGUUCCGGACGCUGUUGGAAGCCGGCUUUGGGGCCGCUCACUAUUACAUGUUCGGGUUCUACAUCCCCAGGAGAUUCCUGUGCCAGCACGCUCCGUGCACCACCCAGGUAGACUGCUACAUCUCCAGGCCCACUGAGAAGACCGUGAUGCUCAACUUCAUGCUCGCAGUGGCCGCUCUGUCCCUUUUCUUCAAUUUUCUGGAUUUCAUUUGGGCCGUCAAGCGAUCGCUGAAGCACAACACCAAGAGGAAGAUGAUGGUUGAGAAAAUAUUUGAAGAGGAGUGCUGCUUCCGCUCUGCUGGUGUAGCAUCCACUUGCAGAGAUCCUAGCACAUCCACUACUCAACAAGAUACAGAGGCCCAACUAGAGAAAACGGAAAGUUUCAGUAAGAGGCACGGGAGUGGUGAGAAAUUUCAUUCAAGUCCGAAGGCGUCCACCCUGGAGCCUCCGUUCUGCAACAGUGGUCACAAUGACAUCUUGAUCUCCCAAGAGGAGGUUCUGGAAAGGAAUGGCAGCGAGGUCGCCCUCUGCCCCCAGACCUUCGGGACGCCAAGACCCAUUAGAGUCAGCAAACACAGCAGACUUAAACCCCCACCUCCACCCAGGCUGGACCUCAAACAACCCUCUGGGGAAUUGGUAGCACCAGUCAAGGAUGUUUCCAUGACAACUUCAGUCUGUACCCGAAGAGUGGGUCAGUAUUCGCUGUUUGAACUUGGAAACGGAGUUGAGCCUCAAAGCGGUGAAGGUGGUCAGGAGAAAAGAUCAGAGUGGGUAUGAGCUUAAGGCACACAUUGCUGUAGUUCCCCUUACUACAGUGAUGUGUCUACCUCUUUUUUUCCUUUAAACCCAGGCUGCUGUUUAGUUUGAGAAUCUGAAAUGGAGACAUAAACAUGAGACACAACACAUCAUAAUUAGAGAUGCACCAAUCAGAAUGGGCUGCUGCUUUCUGCACUUCAAACAAGUCAGUCGUGAACCACUGCAGAAGUACAAAAUUAUUAAAUAAUUUUAAGUCUUUUUCACUCUAUAGCACCUAUAAAAGAAUUUCAGUAUUUGUAUAACCUGGUAGUUGUUAUGCAUGGUGUGUUUACUGAUUGGGAAAAAAAUUAAUUUUUCCCUUUCUAGCUGACUGGACGCUGGCUAAUAAGACGACCUUGAGCAAACUCAAAACCUUAAAAGAACGCAGCCCACCUGUUUGUUUCCAUACAGAUUUCCCCCCCCAACACUGUCCACAACAAAGCCAAGUCUUGACCUGGACUCUGUUCACCGCCCCUUCUCAAAUCUAUGAUUCCCAACAUAGAUAGCCCUGCUUUUGAGCAUGGAUCAGUGAGGUCAAAGUCCAGUGGACCAGGUCAGAUGGCUUAACUAAAACGAGAGGCAAUGCCGUCACCCGGCCCAUAGAUGGAAAGAGAUUCCUCCUGCAAAGUGAAGGACACUACGAAGGCCCCUAAAGGCUGACAUAGGAUCACUAAGUAAUUAUGCUCCCCCGUAGGGGCCCAGUAUUUACGGCGACAGCUUGUCACUCUAUUUCAGGGCCUCCAGGGGAUCAAGAGGAGCACAAACCUCAGCACACUUCCACACUGGAAAUAGAGGAGUGUUAGCUGUUGCCCCCUCAGAAUCUCUGCACUCUGCUUCGGCUGUUGCUUUAGUUUCACCUUGAUCGAAGCCAAAAUUAAUGUGACACUCCCCCGUUAUGGACAGGAUGAUGUGUCGCUGUGUUUACACAGCCAGUGAAACCACUUUAAACGAUUUACACAAAGUGAUUGAAAUAAAUCAUUGAUAUGACUGAGUUGCUGUAGAGCUGAGGGGCUUAUCUUUGUGUAAAGAGAUAGCUCUUGAUCUUUUUCUUCGUCUUGUGGUCUUUUUGAAGAGGACAACAAAAGCUUCCUGACUCAUAUGUUGGAUUCGUAAAGAGCUGAACACUGACUGUGAAAUGGCUUUUCCUUUUUUUUAUUUUUUUUUUUUACCAAAGACAAAAGCAUGAAUGAUGAACAGUUUUUUUUUUAUUCUUUCACCAAAGUGUCUUUGGUGUAUGCUUUCAUUGUUCAGUUGGGCUGGCUUUUAAUCUAAAUUAAAUUCUCUGAUGAAAUUCUUAAGUGCUAAAAUUCUUGUACCAAAAAAAAAUCAAACAAUUUGAGGUUUUAUACACAUAGAUUUUUGUGAUACUGUGCCAGUGUAUAUGCUACUCUUAAUGUACAAUAGGUUGCAAAAAUAUUCACGAAACAUCUUAAACUUUCUAAAUUUUGACACAUUACAGUCACAAGCUUCAGUAUUAUCCAUUUGGAUUUUAUGCUACACAUUAAGACAAAGUACUGCUUAAUUAGGAAGUGGAAGAAAAACAAGGAUGCAAAGUUUUGAAAUUGUUUUAGACUUAAAAAAAAAUCUCGAGAGACGUAUUAAUAGGUCUAAGCUCAAUGUAGAGUCUCUAACAGCUUUGUAGUGUCUAAUGAGCAUUGCAGAUUGCAGAUUAGUUUUUCUCUUCAACAACACUUCAGAUCAGGAAGAGCGGUGCACUAGUUGUGUUAUACCGUACUAAUGCACUGCUACUUCCAUUUUUCUUCAGAUAAUGAACUGAACAUUACUGGAACCUUCGGAUAUUUUAGGUACUUGGGACCGAACCCUGCUUUAAGCUUCAGCAGAAUUCUAUCAUUGACUGCUGUGCUUCUGUUCACUGGUGUUCUCCAACAAACCUCUGAGAUGACAUUACAUGUAGAUGGACGGUUUUCUAAUUACGUGACUUCUGAAGGCAACUGGUUGAACUACGUUUUACUUUUUAGUGUUAUAAAAAAUACAAAUACUUGCCGACCACUGAUUUGAAGAAGCUUUGCAACCUACUACUUUCUGUUGGUUUAUUAUUCUAUAAAAUCACAAUAAAAUACAUUAAAAUGAGUGGUGGGAUUGUAAGAUUUUUUUUUUUUUGAUCAAGAGGUAUAAAUCCUUCUUUGACGCAUACAGUUUAAUCUCUAACAGAAUAAAUCCCAGAUUUUGAAUAAUUUUUUGAUUGUUCUCUUAUAAUUUUGUGUGAAACAACCACAACUUUCAUUACGUUUGUAUGGUUCUGAACCAUUCAAACACUUGAGACAGAUGCGAUUUUUUUUUCCCUCCACGAAUCAUACGUCUUGUAGGUGUUAUUUUUUCUUUCAAGUUUUGUAUUCGCUGCUUCUCCAACACCGGUGUUUUGAAAUUCUGCUGCCCCCGGGUGACACAGAAUGAUAACAGCAGUCUCAUAUUUUAUUUUCCCGACAAAAAGUCAGCAGACUGGUGCUGCGAGGAUGACAACAUUAGGACAUGAUGUGUUUUUCAUUCGUUUAAUUAUAUGCUGUAACUCGGGUUAAUAAAUGUUUUAAAAGCAACUUUUUUUUCUCCAUCAAUAUCUGCCUAACUAAAACAGUCAGUAAAAGGGCUUAAACUUUUCCUAGUGUUUGAAAAGUGGUGAUUAAAAGGGAUCUUUUUUUUCAUAUUUUUAUCCAAUAAAAACUUCUGUUGUGUUCUACUGUGUUUUAUGAAAGUUUUCCUCUUCUUUUAAAGCUGAAGUAAUGUUACUUCAGCUUCUACUUUGGGUUUUUUUUUAUUUUGCUUUUUGGUUUUAUGUUUGUUUUGUUUUUGACACGGAAAGCGAGAAUAAUUUUCCUAAAUACAGGAUGAAUAUCUCUUCAUACAGUGACUAAAUUUCCAACUGUUGUUGCCGGUGGGACCUUAAUUAGUGAUGCACAAAGCCCAUUCGUACGAGUAGCUAGCUCUGUCUGUCCCUCUGUUAUGCUAAUGAUAUUGAAAGUUGCUUUCUGUUUCAACUGCAACUUUAUUUUAUUUUUUAAAUAUUACAACAUUGGUUUUAAUGUUUUAAUAUUAAAACCAAUGAUAUUAUUUGGGAGUGAGUGCAGUUAUUAUUUUUAGGUUUUUCCUGCUAUUCUUUUUCAUCCACAUGUGUUUUCUUGGAUCUGCUGCUGUGAGAGCAGGUAGGACAUUUAACUAAGUGCAGUUGGGGUUUGUGAAUUUGAACAGUUUUGAUUACAGAAAAUUCCUAAAGAAUUCAACUUGUGUGCUCAAUUUUUGACUUAAGUUUCAUAAAUUGGCGUAUUGACAUUUAAUCACUGCCUAGAGAAGGGACAAUUUAAGUAAAUCAUUAAUAAUAAACUAAUUAAUAUGACAUUCAUGGCCAUGUUUGUCCUGUAACAGGUUGAUGGCUCCCUCAUGUGUCAGGAUCUGGACGUACAUCCACAUUUAGUUACAUACAAUGUAACCCAGUAAAAACAAAACACUUUUAGUAUGGGGCGCCAACAGAAAAAUCUGAAUGCAAUUUUUUUUGUAUCAGAUUUUUAAAAAAAUGUUUAGUUUA